AGCCGAAUUUCCGUCAGCUUCCAGCGUGACUCUUCCAGAUGCAGUUUUCACUUUCCAAAGAUUACAUCUACAUUGUUAGAACGAUCUAUAUGGUCCUUUCUGUGGGAUCUGCAUGCAGGGACUCAAUUGUAUCGCACAAAACAAAUCCAAACUCGGUACAAAUAACUUCGGGUGCGGUCGGCCCAUACCAGCCAGCGAUGCAGUUCAGUAUCCGGGUGCGGAAGUUGACCGAAAUAAUACUGAAAUAGUUCACACUCCAAUGGCUCUCAUGCAUCAGACUGGUCCCGUGGCAAGUAAGGGAAGUAUGCAAGUUGGUAAAGCCUUUAUCUCCUAUUCCUGGGAUAUGUUAUCGACGUUUGUAGUCCACGGGUUCCAAGCUGUCAGCUAUUGAGUUCGGGUGAUUGUUCACACUAUGAUGUCUUUCAAUUUGCGCUCAUCCAGAUCUACUCAUCUUCACAGGGGAAUGUGAGGCUCACACCUGAUUUGCUACCUCUCCUAUGGCUUUGUCAUUUCACGAUACAGGUGUGUUUCAUGCUGGGAGUUUCCACUGUUGUUACCCGCAAAUUCGGACAAACUGAGUCUGAUGACCGUGGGCCCAGUGUGGAUCAUAAACAUAUAUAGUCUUGCAUCGCACCCACUUCGCUGCUACGUGAUUGUCUUUGCUUCUCUGGGUGCUUGUUAUGUAUCACAUUCCCGACACUCAAACGCUAAAUCGCGAUGCCUACAAAUCAAUUCGUCCUUUGCUCGAGAAGGGAGGCGUCUCUGCUCCAACCUUGCUGGACUGGAUAGCUGAGCAGAAUCCGGAUCAUCCGCACUUCGUCUACCCAGAUGGCAAUGAGCUAGUGGAAAUUUCUUGGAGGCAAGUAAGGGAUGGAAUGAGUAGAGCUGCACAUUACUUCUCCAACCGUGUGAAGUCUGGCGGUCAGCAGGAUGGGACUCGACCAAUUAUCGCAGUCUUAGCGGCAUCAGAUUCUAUCACGUACUGGACUUCUAUAAUGGGGAUCGUGAGAGCGAAUCUUGUUGCUUUUGCGAUAUCCCCUCGCAAUGGACCGGACGCAGUAGCACAUCUACUGCAGAAAGUUCAAGCGACCGCUCUUUUCAUCAGUUGCGAACCUGCAUUACAUCAAGUUGCCAAAAAGGCUAUUGAUUUGAUCUCAAGAUCUGAGGAUCAUUCAACUUAUGUCGUGCCACCCGUGCACCCGAUGCCGAUAUUUGAAAAUCUCUACCCACCUCAACCAGACUCAGCGUUCCAGCGUUUUCCACUUGUGGAUUAUGACUUGAAUUCUCCGGCAUUCAUUUUUCAUUCCUCCGGGACUACGGCGUUCCCCAAACCCAUCACUUGGCGCCAUCACGAUACCAUUCUGUGGUUCCGUAUGCCAUGGUUUGGCGACAUAGAUCUCGCCGAAGAGAGACUCGGUCUUCAUGGGCUUCCAAUUUCUCAUCCCAUGGGUGCCAUCACUGUGUGUUAUAUAGCAUCUACGGGAGGGACAGCAGCUGUAUUCAAGCCUCAAGCACCCGCCAUGGUUCCCAAUUCCGACAACACCAUCGAAGUCGCUGCCCUUACGCAAAGUACUAUCCUUUGUUCCGUUCCUUCUAUGCUAGAGCAAUACUCCCGAGAUCCUAAGAAGGUAGAGGCACUGAAACAGUUUAAAGGAGCGGCAUUUGGCGGCGGACCGCUUUCCAACGAGGUUGGCGAUCUCUUGGCUGAUUCGGGGUUAGCCUUAUUUAAUGGUUAUGGGUGCACGGAGGCUGGAGGGAUCAGUCAGUUUUUUCCAGCGAAUCCCGGGAAAGACUGGGCCUACUUCCAAAUCGCACCUGCCAUCCCACAUGACUUCAUUCCCCGUGAUGACGGGACGUAUGAAUUUGUUGUUUUCGAAGACGAGAAGCUCCAGUAUCAGCCUAUGGUGUACAAUUUCGAGCACAAUGGUCGCAAAGGCUAUGCCACAGGAGAUCUGAUGAUUCCUCAUCCGACGAAGAAAGGUUUUUGGACUACGUAUGGCCGCGCGGAUGAGCAGAUUAUGCUCUCUACGGGUGAGAAGACGAAUCCCAUACCACUUGAGAAGAUCAUAAACGAAGACCCACACGUCGGUACUGCAGUGAUGUUCGGACGUGGUCGUUUCCAAAAUGGUGUUCUCAUCGAGCCGGAACCCGAGUUUGCGUUUGACUCUUCCAAUGUGAGGAAGCUCGAAGAGUUCAGGAACCUGAUCUGGCCCACGGUAGAACGCAUGAACGCUUACGCUCCUCAGCAUUCUCGGCUAUUCAAAGAAAUGAUACUUGUUGCUUCGCCUUCGAAGCCGUUCACCUUCACCGGGAAGGGAUCCGUACGAAGACAUGCCAUCAUUAAGGAAUACGAUGCAGAGAUUCAGGUGUGCUACGAUGCGGUCGAAAAUUUAGCUGAAGGGAACACCACGGUAUUGGAGGGUCUAAAUGAAGGCCAAGUCCUAGACUUUGUCCGUCAAGUCGUCGCGGGUAUCCUGACACAGAAGGUUUCCGAUGACGACGAUCUGUUUCAAUUUGGAUGUGAUAGUUUGCAAGCUACUUGGAUCCGCAUCGGAAUUCUCAAGGCUCUACGGGCAAUCAACCCCAGCAUAGUACGAAGCGUCUCCCCGAAUAUCGUGUACGACGCGCCUUCCAUCAGCCGUCUAGCAGCCACGCUGUCCUCAAUUGUCAAAGCUUCCCAUGAACCAGAACUGGAUGGCGUUUCCAGCCGAGUCCAUGAACUCGAGUCAAAGAUCAAUCAAUUCACUCGAGACUUCCCUCCACGACCAUCUUUCCUACGCGAACGACCAGAAGGUGGUGAUGUGGUACUCCUCACCGGGACCACUGGUGGUUUUGGCUCGAAUAUACUGGUGCAACUCCUCAAUGAUUCUACUGUGACGAAAGUAUAUGCGUUCAAUAGGACCAAGACCAAUGCGUUGGGAAUGCAGAAGGAAGCGCUUCGGACGCGUGGUUUGCCCGAGAGUGUCUUGUCUUCGCCAAAGUUUGAACUUCUUGAAGGCGAUCUCAGUCAGACGAACUUCGGUUUAGAUCGCAAUAAGUACGCAAAGCUUCGCGAUUCUGUGACUCAUGUCAUUCACAAUGCUUGGCCUGUGGACUUCAAACUGUCCCUGAUCUCCUACGAAAAACACGUGCAAGGAGUUCGAAACCUAGUCGACUUCGCUCUAGCAUCGCCCUAUAGCGACCCUCCACGUUUACUUUUUGUCAGUUCAGUUGGUGUAUUCAGAAAUCCCACAUCUCGCGAGAUAGCGCCUGAAGCUCCCAUUCGUGAUCCGUCUGUCGUUGUUGGGCAAGGAUAUUCUGAGUCCAAAUGGCUCUCUGAGCAGAUCCUGGCUGCAGCAACUUAUGUGACAGGCCUGCCUAGUGUCGUAGUCAGACUAGGACAACUUUCCGGAAAUCCUAACGGACACUGGAAUGAGAAAGAGUGGUUCCCCGCUAUCGUGAAGUCCGCUGUUUCUGUCGAAUGCCUUCCCGAUGUGCCUGGAGUCGCCCCGGUAUCUUGGCUUCCAACAUACGACGCUGCUACGGCCCUGAUCGAAAUGCGCAAUAGCGAGGAACCAAUCUUGCACCUCGUGAACCCCAAGCCUCUUCCAUGGCGCAUGUUCCUCGAACCCAUCGCGAAAGAACUCGGCGUCCCACUUGUACCGUGGAAACUCUGGCUCUCAAGGUUGGAAAACAGCUUAACAGACAACAGUUUCUCAGAAAUGGAACACAUGCAACAUAACCCAGCGCUUCGUCUUCUGGAUAUGUGGAGACAUGCAGACCUUGGCGAGGACAUAGAGCCUCCUGGGAUCGUUCGGCUUGAUACGUCCAAAGCUAGGAAGGUUGCGCCGUCGCUGGAGAGAGUGCCCAUGGAACCGGAGGAAUUAGCGAGGAAGUGGGUGGCUGCGUGGAGGGAGACUGGGUUCUUGCCUGGAAUUCAGACUAAUGGAAUCGGCCCGGUUGUGAAUGGCGUGAAUGGGCAUGCAUAGUAGGAUAACAAUCGAAGUCAAGACGUCAUGUAUAUUAGUGAAACCUUCAAUUCUGUAUCGUAUUCAACUGGAAUCGACACGUUUACCUUGCGCAAAGCC